CGAUACUGCUCCUCCUCUUCCUUUUUGGCUUGGCUGGCGGCAUCACAUCAAUCGUCAUCAGUGAGUCCGUCAGUCCGUCCGUCCGUCCUGCACCAAAUCCUUCCUUUUGCUCAAUUUGCUCAUCGUCGUUCGUCCAUUUGUCGUUCAUCAUCAAAUCAAAUCAAAUCAAAGCGCUCUUUCUCUCUCAUAUCGGAUUUAAAAAAAAGUUGGAUUUUCUGGAUUCCUUGAACAACACCUGAAUGGGAACUUGGUACAACCGCGAACCUCCUCCGAGCAUCAGCUACAUUUCUUCGUCGUCGUCAAUGGAAGAGGAGGAGCGUCUAUUCUCAAAGUCUGUUCACGAUAAUGUCCACGGAAACAUCUACCUCGAUCCGCUUUCCUUGAAGUUUGUUGACACUGAGCAGUUUCAGAGGCUUCGUGAUCUCAAGCAACUCGGUGUUGCAUUCAUGGUAUAUCCUGGAGCAGUGCACUCGCGGUUUGAACACUCACUUGGGGUAUAUUGGCUAGCUGGUGAAGCCAUUCAAAGAUUAGCAAAAUACCAAGGGGCAGAGCUAGGAAUUGAUCGUUUUGAUAUACAGACUGUAAAACUUGCUGGUUUGUUACAUGAUGUGGGUCAUGGCCCAUACAGUCAUAUGUUUGAGAAAGAGUUUCUUCCCAGGGUUCUUAAUGGAUCCAAAUGGUCUCAUGAAGAGAUGUCCUUGAAGAUGAUUGACCAUAUUGUUGAUAUGCACCACAUUGAGAUUGAUCCCGAAUCCCUGAAGAAAGCAAAGGAAAUGAUUGUUGCUAGCUGUGGAAAUGGACUUCCAGUGAGAUCCAAAGAGAAGUGUUUCUUAUAUGACAUUGUAGCAAAUGGAAGAAAUGGAAUAGAUGUAGACAAAUUUGAUUACAUAGUUCGUGACUCUCGGGCAUGCGGUCUUGGUUGCAAUUUCCAGUUUGAAAGGUUGUUAGAGACAAUGAAAGUGGUUGAUGAUGAGAUAUGUUAUCGUGCCAAAGAGUAUUUAACCAUUCACAAACUGUUCGCCUCUCGAGCUGAUCUACACCGGACAGUUUAUACACACGCAAAAGUCAAGGCAAUAGAACUCAUGAUAGUGGAUGCCCUAGAAAAAGCAAAUGACUACCUUCAAAUUGAGUCUUUUAUUACUGAUCCAGCUGAAUAUUGGAAGUUGGAUGACACAAUAAUAAAAACAAUUGAAGUUUCUCCUAACCAAGAGCUUAAGGAAGCAAGAGAUAUAAUCCUUCGUAUUCGUAGAAGGGAUCUAUACCAGUUCUGCAAUGAGUUUUCUGUUCCAAAAGAAAGGCUGGAAUAUUUCAAAGACAUCACUUGUAAAGAUAUCAUUUGCUCCCAGAAAAGUGGCAGUGUUACUCUGAAAGAAGAAGACAUUGCUGUCACUAAUGUCAAAAUUGACUUGACCCGGGAAAGAAAUAAUCCUAUUGAAAGAAUCAAAUUCUUCAAGGAUUAUGACAGCACCGAGAAAUUCAGUAUCCAGGAUGACCGUAUCAGUCACCUGUUGCCAGGAUCUUAUCAAGACAUGAUUGUCAGAGUUUACUCCAAGAAGCCAGAAUUGGUUGUAGCUGUCUCUGAGGCCUUUGAGAAUUUCCAGUUGAAGACAUAUGGGGUGAAAACCCAAGUACAUGAAACACCGGAAAAGAAGAGGCGUCGUCGAUCCAAUUACUGACUGUUAUGGCGAUGCUUGAUGAUGAUAGCCCUUGGGGGGGGCCUAUAUAUAUAUAUAUACUGACAUGUGCAAACUAAAUAUAUACAUGAUAAGAUUGAUGGAUAGAUACUUUUUUGGUAAAUCCCUCUAUCCUUCUCCCCAUUGACCAAACUACACAGAUGGGUAUGUUUUUGGAAUUCAAGUAGUAGCUGCUCUGCCAAUUUUGAAUUCUGGGCAGUUUUGUUGGGAAAUUAUUAGUAUUACAUUCUCAUUCUCAUCCUCUUUUAAAA